AUGUCUGGUAGUUACUCUGGAUUACAAGCUAGAAUAAAACUUAUAAAUCCAUUGGCCAAGUUUGUUCCCUGCUCGGCUCAUUCAUUAAAUUUAGUGGGACAAAAUGCUGCCAGCUGUUGUAAUGAAGCUAUUCAUUUUUUUAACUUUCUUCAAAACUUGUACACAUUCUUUUCAGCAUCAACUUACCGAUGGCAGAUUUUAAAUUCUUCAAUCAAGAGAUUAUCAGAUACAAGGUGGUCUGCAAGAGAUGAUGCAUGUUAUUCAUUAAAUAAAAAUUGGUCAUCUAUUGAAAAUGCUUUAAUUAAGAUUGGAGAAAAUGAAAAAGAAAAACCAGCUAUUCGAUGUGAAGCAAAUGGUAUACUCAAAAUACUUAAAUCAUUAGAAACAUCUUUCUUGUCAAUUUUUUGGGGAGACAUAUUACAUAGGUUUAAUACAGUUAGCAAAAAACUUCAAAGUGUAAAUAUUGAUUUAAGUGUUGUUGUUGAGCUUUAUCAAUCAUUAAUUAAUUAUGUUGGUGAUAUUCGUACAGAUAAAGAUUAUGAAAAUUUUAAAAGAAAUGCUAUUGAAAAAUGUGGAAUUAUGAACUUUAGAAAUACUGAAAAGCGACAAAAAAAAAUUAAAAAAUUUAGUGAUGACAGUUCAAUGGAAAACCAAUUGAAGUCAGAAUUGUUGAGAAGAAAAAUUGCAUAUAACAACCUUUUAAAAAAUUAUUAUUUUUUUUUUAAAAUUACUAAAAUGACAGCUGCAGACAUAAGGGUAUCUGCUGAGCUGUUAAGAAAUGAAUAUAAUACAGAUUUGGGAACUUCAUUUCCUAAUGAAUGUAUUCAUUUUAGCAGCUAUUUGAAAACUAUUUCUAAUCCUCCUCAAAGUAUUCAAGAUAUGUUAGUGUUUAUAAGAAAAAAUAAUUUGAAGGAUAUUUUCCCUUAUAUAGAUAUUGCUUUAAGAAUGUUACUAUGCACUCCAGUUAGUAACUGCUCAACUGAGAGGUCAUUUUCAGCCUUAAAACGAAUAAAAUCAUAUUUAAGGUCAAACAUAGGCGAAGAAAGGCUCACUGCAUUAGCAAUCAUGAAUAUAGAAUCUGAUGUUACUACAGCAAUAAGCUACGACGAUAUUAUUCAAGAAUUUGCUCAAGACCAUGCACGACGAAAAGUAUAA